AAACAUUGCAUCCCAAUAUCGCCAUUACAAGCUAGCUAAAACGUUAGUGUUUGAUUAGUUUUUUGAUUGUGGGACUGUUUGUGCAAUCAACAAAUAAAAAUAUGGCGGCAGACAUAAUAGACAAAUUAAAAGGCUUGCAAGGAAUAUUACUGGGAGAAAUAAAAAGAAACAUGAACAUUCUUCUGAACCGCCACUUGGACUUUACUGAAUCAGAAGCAUUCGCCGAGUUUAAGCCGAGAAACUAUUCGGAACGUAUACUUAAAAUUGACGUAUUGAUUCACUACCGCAAUUCAAGAUUGCUGCUUAAAGAAAUCCAAACUUGUGACAAGGUGAUUUUGAAACGGAUUUUAAAGAACUCUUGGUUUGCGAAGGACGCAGCCAGAGACAUUGAACCUGAAACCCUAGUCGAGAAUUUAUUUCCGACUCUGUGUUACUCCACAAAAUUGCAGUUCCUAAAGAAAAUAUUUAAUAAAUACGAUGAAGAAAGAUGUGACAACUUAAUAGAUCGACUCAUUUCGGUUUAUGGUUUUUCGAUGGCGAAAAUCGUUAUAACCGGCUGCAGUGUUGCCAAAAUAAGAACAAUACUAGAGAACUAUAACUGCCUGUUAAAUUACAAACAAUUAAAAUCAAUAUACGAUAAAUCCAAGUCACUAAUCACAACAUAUUUUGCUGAACAAUCACACCAUAAUACGGAAUACAUUGUGUAUAUUUGUUAUUAUGACAAACUUUUCCAAUAUAUUGCUCUAAAAGAUCCUCAAAAUUAUCUAAAAAUAAAAAAACAAUUUAGAACUGAACCAACUAUAGGAAGGAGAACAUCAACCAAAAUUGCAAAAUUUAAUAAAAAUAAAAUUAAUGAAUUAAUAUGCCUUAAUGGUAAAGGCUUAGUUCACAGUUUAGGAAGUGAUUUUCAAAAAUUUUAUUUACAACAAUUUCCAUCAGACGAAACAACAGGAGCAGGUGUCGCUUUAUUCAUCAAUGAUAAAUAUCUAAAAUAUACCCCAAAAAGGCAACAAUUUCGUAUGUACAAAGAAACUUUCCAGAAAAAGUUCAACAAAGAUUUGACCAUGGAAUUUGCGGAUGAUCCAAAAAUAUUAAAUAUUAUACCAGACCCAUUAGAACGGGAGAAAUUUGCCGAAAUGAAUUACGAAGAACUAAAAAUGUGUCUUUUUCUUGCAUUUUACACGAUUAACAGAUCGGUUUCUUUGUUAAAAGCUGAAAUUGAAAAAGCUACUAGUUCGGACGAUCGUUUCAAUCUACUGGAAUUGUUGGUGCAAACGUGUAAAAUUAAUAAUGAUUUAGAUGCAUUUAAUGAUGUUUUGGAUUAUUAUUUUAUUGACCUCCACCGGGAAGAAAGACACGCGGUUUUAGCAAUUUAUAUUUAUCGAAACUUUAAUUUGGAUCAAUUCAGUGAUCAAAACUGGUCGAAACUAGAGAAACUUAUAGAAUGUUUUCGGAUGUGUCAGCACACUAAUCUGGAAGUUUUAAACUUGGUGCUGGGGUUUGUUAAGUACUUGCAUAAAUGCGGAAGAAGUACUAGGAACGCAAUUGAAAUGUUUGUUGAACUACAUGACAGAUGUGAAUUUGAGUGCCAUUCAUUACAAAAUUGUAAGCAAAAUCUCCUGAAAUAUGUUCUUUUAGUGGCUUUAAAAAUCAAGGUUAAAAAACAAAAUUAUAAGAACCUUAUGUUUUACAUAAAAAAUGUUGUAUUGUUUAAUGGGAAGUAUCCAAAAGACUUGAUAGAUUUGUUGCAACAUUCCUUUAUAAAUGACUUUCUAAAAAGUGAAAUAAAUCACAAUAGACUGGAUACCAAAAUAAUAGCAUAUUUCAUCUGUCGAACCUCCAGAAGUUCUUUAGAAAAUGAACUGUUGCAUGAAUUUUGGAAGAAUAUAAUACAUUUUAAAAAAUGUCGUCACAUAGUUCGGUGGUUUUUUAAACAUGACCCAAAUAUUUUACUCGAAAAGUUUGAAGAAUUAUCAGAAUUCAUCAAGUCUAAGAAGGAUUUUUGUUUGUUGUCGGAAAUUAAACGAUAUUGUCACAUAGAUUUGGAUCAGAAAAUUAAAGCAUAUUACUUAACAAAAGUGAAUUCAGGUGAAGAAACCUAUGGUAAAUAUUUAGCCAUACUAUUAUCUUCAAAAGAAAUCCUGGAAGGAACUGAUUUAUUGAAAUAUGGUCGUUUUACAAACUACGAAAACGAAGUUAUCUGGCAUAUUUUUAGUCAAUACUCUUUGAUAUGCUCACACAAUUUAGUAAACAGAAUGUGUUAUUUCAGUCCGGAAAAUAUUUUAACAAAUAUUAUUCUACCAUACACGUUGAGUUUUGCGUUAUUUUUACGAAAUGACGUCAACAUAAAAUCUUUUUGGCUUGAGAAGUCUGUAGAUUCCUGUAGAAAAGUACGUUCUUUGAAUAAGUACUUUUAUAGAAAUCCUUCUCUUCAAAUGUGGUAUAUUUAUUCCUCUAAUGUUGACACUCCUUUUGAGGAACAACAAUUUCAUUCAACUAUUCAAAAAAUACACAAACAGUUCAGGUAUUUAUAUUGGGAGACAUUUUGGAACUUCAAAAGUGUGCAUGAGGGAUAUUCAAAUUGCACACAAUACGAAGACCUAGUGGAUUGUCUUUUCUACGUAGAUGUGAUAAAAAAAAUAUCAAUUGCAAGGGAUGUUAUAACGUAUGUUUUAUUGGCAAAUACUAACAAAGUUUAUAGAAAAUCUAGCUACAUAAUUUUAAAGUUUACAGCAUAUUAUUUGAUGUACAGGAAUGAUCUGGAUACAUUUGAAAAUAUUUUUCAGUUGUUAUCUUCUCAAAGAUUACAUUCGUCUAACCUGACUAUUAUAUUUGAUGAAGCAUUUAUGAUGUUAGGGAAAUAUGAGGAUCCUACUGGAUUUACGAUAUCAGCAUACCCCCGGGACGAGUAUAAACCUGCCUUUAUUAAUUUUAUAGAUUACUGGGAGAAGUUUUUUAAAUUAACUGAUGCACUUAAGCCCUGUGUAUUGAUAAAGUUUUAUAGAAGUUUUGAAUCAAUUGAUUUGGAUAAUGUACCACUUUGUUCCAAAAUUGUAACAGAACUAUUUAGUCAGAUUUUAGCAACUGUUGGUGACGAUCACUUAAACGAUGUAUGCCAAUACAUUAUUAAUUUUUUAAGUUAUAAGUACUUAGGGUCGUCAGAAGCACGGGGAAGAUUGCAGUUGCAUUUAAUUAACAUGAAAAAUGUAAAAAAUAUAAAACUAUUAAACAUCCAUUAUUUAAAUUCUAUCUUUAAUGUAUCUGAGUUGUUCAUAAAUGACAUCCUCCACCAAAUAUUUAAGGAUAAUUCAUCAGAAGACCAACAAAUGUUCCUGACAUUAUUAAAAAACAACCCCUUAAACUACAUUAAAAACUUUGUUAAAGAUUUGUAAGCAACAAAUAUUUUUGAUUAUAAUUAUUAUUAUUAGCAAUUAUAUGUAAUUCGAAU